AUGCUCGACAACGCAAACCCAACCGUAAUCGAUGCAUCUGAGCUCGAUUCCCUUCGACAAAAGCGCAGGAAAAAGGGCGAAACCGGAAGAAAAGAUGCAGUCAUUGAUGAACUUUUUGACCAGACCCAUUACAAGAUGGAUCCUUUUUAUAUGUCUGAAGUACAAGAUGUUGAAUCGGACUCUGACGAUUCGAGUAUUGAGCCAAUCGAUGAACAAGAAAUAUACGAACUUAUAGCUCCUAUUUCCGAUCCAGAACACCCUCUAUCGCUGGAGUCCUUGGGGGUCGUCAAGCCAGAAGACGUCCAUUUAAGUAAAUAUCCAGAUCAAACGGGUCCUAUAUUGCUAUUUCACGUACUGGUAGAGCUCACGCCAACUGUUACCCAUUGCUCCCUUGCUACAGUGAUAGGAUUAGGAGUACGCGUGCGGCUAGAGCAAGCUCUUCCUCCAUGCUAUCGGAUUGAAGUUCGGAUCAAAAAAGGCACUCACAGUCAAGCGGACGAAGUCAACAAGCAAUUAUCUGACAAGGAAAGAGUUGCCGCCGCAUUGGAAAAUGAAAAUCUUUUAGGAAUCCUUAAAAAGAUGAUGAACCCAUGCCUUGACAUACAAAUUUGA